AUGGCUCCUCCAACUAGAAUCGAAACUACCACUUCAGUUGUAGAAGUGAACCUUGCUAAAGUCAGCAAGAAAUCUAUCAAACUUGAGUCUCAAGCUGACAAUGCCGAAGUCACAUUCGCAGACUGGGAAAAUUUCAAAUUUGCACCCAUCCGUGAGUCUACAGUUUCCCGUGCUAUGACCAAACGUUACUUUGCUGACUUGGACAAAUACACUGAAUCUGAUGUUGUUAUCGUUGGUGCCGGUUCUGCUGGUUUAUCUGCUGCUUACGUUUUGGCCAAGAACAGACCAAACUUGAAAAUUGCUAUCAUUGAAGCUUCUGUAUCUCCUGGUGGAGGGUGUUGGCUCGGUGGACAGCUUUUCUCGGCCAUGGUGUUGAGAAAGCCUGCCCAUCUCUUCUUGGAUGAAUUAGAAAUUCAAUACGAUGACGAAGGAGACUAUGUUGUUGUCAAACACGCUGCUUUGUUCAUGUCCACUUUGUUGUCUAAAGUUUUGCAAUUUCCUAAUGUCAAGUUGUUCAACGCUACUGCAGUUGAAGACUUGAUCACCAGAAGAGAUGAGAACACUGGUGAAUUGAGAAUCGCAGGUGUGGUGACCAACUGGACUUUGGUUGCAUUGAACCACGACACUCAAUCUUGUAUGGAUCCUAAUACCAUCAACUGUAACAUUGUAUUGUCUACUACUGGCCACGAUGGUCCAUUUGGUGCUUUCUCAGCCAAGAGAUUGGAAGAACUCGGUAAGGCUCCUAAGGACAUCACCCAAGGCUUCAGACCUCAAGAACGUGCACAACCUGUUGCAGCAUCUGCUGAUGGUUUCCAAUUGGGAGGCAUGAGGGGCCUUGACAUGAACAAGGCUGAAGAUGCCAUUGUCAAGGGUACCAGAGAAGUUGUUCCAGGAUUGGUCAUUGCUGGUAUGGAAUUGGCUGAAGUUGACGGUUCUAACAGAAUGGGUCCUACUUUUGGAGCCAUGGCUCUUUCUGGUGUCAAGGCUGCUGAGUCUGUGUUAAACGCUUUUGACUUGAGAAAGAAGCAAAACGAAACUUGCUAUGGUGCCCAGUAA